UACUUGUAUCGCCCAAAUCAAAUCAAAGGAUUCCGAUCCUUUCCCUUCAACCAUUUCCUGUGUGACACCCGGUUCCAGCCAACGCCGACCGUCCGCAGUCGUCGCAGCAGCGAGCAAUUCGAUCAAUAUUAUGACAGAGGGCACCGCGCCGACAGUUGAAUGUUUAGAUAACACACUGCACGGACUGAACGAACAGCAGGAGCAGCAGCCGCAGCAGCAGCAGCAACAGGAAGAGGAGCAGCAACCGCAACAGGAAACGCCGGAACAGGAGCUCGGAACGGUCGGUGUACGUAUCGAGGUUACGAGUGCGGCAGGUUCUUCCGUCGAGCUAGUCGCGAUCGGCAAGGAGCAGAAACAGUCCAGGGACGGCCAACAGCAAGCAGUCGCCAUGUCGCAAAGCACAAAGCAGGUGUCGAAAGCGGACAAAAACCUGCCCGAGCGCGGGUCAUGGGGAUCGAAGCUCGACUUCAUCCUGUCGGUGGUCGGGCUGGCGAUCGGGUUGGGCAACGUGUGGCGCUUCCCGUACCUGUGCUACAAGAAUGGUGGCGGUGCGUUUUUGAUACCGUACUUUGUCACACUGUUCCUGGCCGGCAUACCGAUGUUCUUUAUGGAGCUGGCGCUCGGCCAGAUGCUGACGAUCGGUGGGCUGGGUGUGUUCAAGAUUGCGCCCAUCUUCAAAGGAAUCGGUUAUGCAGCGGCCGUAAUGUCGUGUUGGAUGAACGUGUACUACAUCGUCAUCCUAGCGUGGGCCAUAUUCUACUUCUUCAUGUCGUUACGUGCAGACGUACCUUGGCGCACGUGUGACAAUGCGUGGAACUCGAUCAACUGCGUCAAUCCGUACGAUCGUAAGGAUCUGCUCUGCUGGGAAACGAUCGGCGUGAAUGGUACGCUGACCAAGAUUUGCUCGCUAAACUCGAACAACGUGUCCAUGAGCGAUUUGGCCGAUCCGGUUAAGGAGUUCUGGGAACGCCGCACGUUGAUGAUCUCGAGCGGUAUUGAUCAGGUCGGUUCGAUCCGCUGGGAGCUGGCCGGAACGCUGCUGCUCGUCUGGAUCCUGUGCUACUUCUGCAUCUGGAAGGGUGUGAAAUGGACUGGCAAGGUCGUGUACUUUACCGCGCUGUUCCCGUACUUCCUGCUCACGAUCCUGCUGAUCCGUGGCAUUACGCUGCCCGGUGCCUUCGAGGGUAUCAAGUUCUACGUGAGCCCGAAUCUGUCAAAGCUAGCCGAAUCAGAGGUAUGGAUCGAUGCAGUGACGCAGAUCUUCUUCUCGUACGGUCUCGGCCUGGGAACGCUGGUCGCGCUCGGUAGCUACAACAAAUUCAACAACAAUGUGUACAAAGACGCACUGAUUGUGUGUACGGUCAACUCGAGCACCAGCAUGUUUGCUGGGUUUGUGAUCUUCUCCGUCGUCGGCUUUAUGGCGCACGAGCAGCAGCGCCCCGUCGCUGAAGUGGCAGCAUCUGGGCCGGGCCUCGCUUUCUUGGCCUACCCGUCGGCCGUGUUACAGCUGCCGGGGGCACCGCUCUGGUCGUGUCUGUUCUUCUUCAUGCUGCUGCUGAUCGGUCUCGACUCACAGUUCUGCACGAUGGAGGGCUUCAUUACGGCCGUGAUUGACGAGUGGCCGCAUCUGCUGCGCAAGCGUAAGGAGAUCUUCAUUGCGAUCGUGUGCAUGAUCAGCUAUCUGGUCGGUUUGACGUGUAUUACGGAGGGCGGUAUGUAUGUGUUCCAAAUUCUCGACUCGUACGCGGUGAGCGGCUUCUGUCUGCUGUUCCUGAUGUUCUUCGAGUGCGUCUCGAUCUCGUGGGCGUACGGUGUGGACCGUUUCUACGACGGCAUCAAGGACAUGAUCGGCUACUAUCCGCUGUCGUGGUGGAAGUUCUGCUGGGUCAUCACCACUCCUGCCAUCUGUGUCGUAAGUAGCAAUGUGGAAAGGGAUUAACUUUUUCGCGGUAACGCCAUGGAGGGGAUAUGAGUGUGUUUGUGUGCACGAGGAUUGAGUGAGUGAGUUAUUAUAGAGCUUUCCCAGCAGUUCGGAUGUUCUUCCAUGCAGAAUCAACGGCGCGGCGAAAGGUAAUUGGAUGUUAUCGAGCGGGAUGGGUAAUGUAAUGCAAAAUGGGAGCGAUGUUUAUUUCUUUUCAGAAUGUUCCUGAUUUGGAACAGAGGGUGGCGCUCUUGAAGUCUAAAAGUACAACCGUGUUAUCUUACUGGACCUGAUUGUAAAUCGUGGAAUUUGUGAAGUUGCUGGUGUUCGCUGUACUUAUCCAAGAAUACAAUUUUAGAUUGAUAUUAAAAA